AGGACCUGCAGGGGUCAGGUGGAGGAGAUUAUUCUGACCUGCUCCUUCCUCCUUCACGCUUUCCCAGGCCAGCAGAAGGAUGGGGUUGCCAGCUCAGGCCUGCUGCAUGGCUGGGUCUCAUUCUGAAGGCACCCCCUUUUGUCCAGGCCUUCCCAUUGCCCCCGAGCCCAUGGGAAGGGAACUGAGCUCCCCAGCUCCCCACCCUGGCUCUGCCCAGCUCCUGACCACACCUGGCCUUUCUGCAGCAGGAACCUAAGGUCCUGGAAACAGCAUUGGAAGCCCUUCCUCUGAUCCAGACGGGGCUCCUGUUGGGAAGCUCCACCAUGGAGGAAUCCACAGUAACUGUGGUGUCUCCUGUGCUCAGCACCACCCUCAGCAGGUGUGACAAAGCCUCCCUGUCCCAUGCCUCCUUCCACCUGCAUCAGCCUAGGGGCCUGAACGUAACCUUCCCAUCCAGCUCUGCUCUGGAGCCAGUUCUGAGCCAGCACCCCCAAGUACAAGUCCAGGUGGCCUCCUUUGCAUUCAACCCUUUCUGGCACCUGGAUGGGAAGCCGAUCAAAAGGAUGGCAAGUAUCGCUCUCAUGGCCAGCGAGGAGUCCAUUGGUGUCCACAAUCUUGCAGAGGAAAUAGAGAUUGGGCUCAGUGAUGAGGCUGGUGCUGAGGCCCCUCACACUCACUUGACUGGCAACGUCAGGAACUUUGACAUUGUGGUAAACAUCACAUCAGUAGAGGAUGCCCUGCUAGUAUCGGUGGAAUCCAGCACAGUGGUCCAGAUCACCUUGCACCUGGGCCUCCAACCUGAGCCCAACAAGAACAGCAGCCUCCUCAACACCACCCUGCCCAGCAGCGGAUGGCAAGAGGGUAAGGACUUGUUAGAAGGAAAGGGUGCCUACACAUGGGUGAUUCCUCCAGAGGAGCUGCAGCAUCACGGCCUGGGCACUUACUACAUCUCUGCAGAGGUGGCUCCCCUCUCUCAGGGCCCCUGGAACCUCUCCAUUCACACCAUCAUCUCUGGAUGCUACUACUGGUCCAGCCAGCAUCAGGCCUGGAGAAGUGAUGGAUGUCGGGUGGGCUCCCAAAGCACCAUCCACAGCACCCAGUGCUUGUGCAACCACCUCACCUUCUUUGGGUGCAUCGCCUUGGUCCUGCCACACCUGAUUGACCUUCACAACACUGCAAAGCUCCUGAGCACUGUGGGCCAGAACCCUUCUGGGCUGGCCUUGCUAAGCAGCUUGUUGCUGGGCUAUGGAGCUGCCCUUGUUUGGGCUCGAUGGAGACAGAGAACGGAUGUUAAGAAGGUGAAGGUCACAAUCCUAGCAGAUAAUGAGGCCACUGCCUGCUUCCCUUAUCUGGUGCAAGUCUUCACAGGCUACCGCCGAGGGGCUGGGACUUCUGCUAAGGUUAUCCUGACCCUCUAUGGGGCAGAGGGCCGGAGUGAGCCACACCUGCUACAGGACCCCCAGGGGCUCUCCUUUGAGCAAGGUGGGCGGGAUGCCUUCCUCCUUGCCACACAGAAGCCCCUGGGCAACCUCCACGCCAUCCGCCUCUGGCACGACAACACUGGGCCCAACCCCAGCUGGUUUGUGAGGCGGCUGGUUGUCUGUGACCUGCCUGCCAAGAAGAAGUGGCAUUUCCUGUGUGACUGUUGGCUGGCAGCUGACCUGGAUGACGGCCAUGUGGAUAAAGUCUUUGCUGCUGCCUCCGAGAGGGAUCUCCUGUCCUUCAGGUACCAGUUCUGGUCAGGGCUGGUGGACAAAUUGACCCAGGAGCACCUGUGGCUGUCGGUGAUGACCUGCUCACCCUGGAGCCCCUUCACUCGUGUGCAGAGGCUCUCCUGCUGCCUGGCCCUCCUCUGCUGCACCUUCCUCAUCAACAUCAUGUUCUGGAGAAAAGAGGGAGGGUCCAGAAGCCCUGAGGCUGGUGAGUCGGCUGCCAGCUGGAGACUGACAGGGCCUUUUAUGAUGACUUGGCACGAGCUGCUGGUGAGUAUGGAAACAGCUGUCUUCCUAAUGCCGGUGAAUCUGCUGAUCAGCCACAUCUUCCAGCUGGUCCAGCCCCCAGCCCCAAAACCUCCGCCAGCCAGCACUGAACUCCUGCAGACUGUGAUGCCCCCCAAACAGGUGAUGCCCAUCACACGAGUCAAGCAGGAGCUGGAGGAGACCCUGGGCUUCCUCUACAAGAAUGGCCUCUGCCAGUGCAGAGCCAUGGACAAGUUCCCUGGGACUUCUGAGCAAGUACCGGAGCUUGUGGCUGCUCUGUGUGACCUCAUAGAGUCCUACCUCCAGCACCAGAAGGACCUGGAAGGUCCCCCUCAGGAGAGGCGCUUCAACCUCCACAGCUACCUGAGCCAUGUGCUGAAUGACUUGGGGACUCAGCUCUGCAGCCUGGAUUUGUGCAGCUUCCCUAAACCCUAUGACUAUCUGCAUGCAGUGGACAAACUACGGAGAGUCCAGCAGCACCUAGAGCAGCAGCAGGCCCAGCCCUGGCCCAGCACCGAGGGGCCUGGCAGUUCCCUCCCUCCACUGGUAUUCCUAAAGGCUGAGGUGCCAUUUGUUCUCCUGUCUCUGUGUCUCAGGCCCACCGGGCCCAGGAGCGAGCUCAGCAGUUUCCCACUUGAAGACCCUGACAAGGAGAGGCCGCAGUUCUCCCACUGUCUCCCCGGGAGAUUCAGCUUCACCUGUUGGCUCACAGUGGGGAGCAUCAGCCUGGUUUCGGCCUUCUUCACAGUGCUCUACAGCCUAGAAAUGAGCAGGGACGAGGCUGGGCGCUGGGCCAUCAACAUCCUGCUCUCAGUGCUACAGAACAUCUUCGUGGUGCAGCCUCUGAAGGUGUUGGCUCUGACCUUCCUCUUCUCACUGCUGCACAAGAGGGAGUUGUGGAAGGACAAGGGGCAGGAGCAGCAGCUCUGGUGGGCCCUGGGCCUUGUCACAGCAAGGGGCCUACAGCUGGAAGCUUAUGGGCGGAGAGACUGGGCGGACCCAGCUUACAGACCCCCUGCCCUCCAGCCAAUGGUGCGGCCAAAGGAACGAGCCUUGAAAGACAAGAAGUUGUACUCCUUGAUCAGAGAGAUUGCAGUGCAGCUUGUUUUCCUGGCUGUGCUGAUGGUCCUCAGCUAUACUGAGAGAAGCCCCAAUGAGUUCUACUUUAACAACGCCCUCCAGAAGACCUUCACAUCCUACCUGGAAGACAUCCUUACCCCAGAGGAGUUUUACAGGUGGACCAGGGUGAUUCUGCUGCCUAGCCUCCAUGGCAAUUCUAAAGGUUUGACCAUGGAUGGAAACUCUUUCCUUGUGGGCAGUGUGCGGCUACGGCAGAUCCGAGCCACAGGAGCCCCGCCAAAGCCAGGGCCAGCUUUUCUCCCACUCCAAGAGGGAAAGCAGGGUCCCACAGCCAGCUGGGGGCCUCCUGCUGCAGGUGGGAGAGGUCAGGCGAGUGCCUGGGUCUUCCAGAACGAGAGCACCCUGCAAGAGUACCCCAUCUGGGGGAAGUUUGCUCUCUAUCCGGGAAGCGGCUACCUGGCAAACCUUGGCAGAAACAAAAGCUACGCCACAAGAACCCUUCGCUAUCUGGAACGGAACAACUGGCUGGACAGAAGCACGCGAGUCGUCUUCGUUGAGUUUGUAGUCUACAAUGCAAAUGUCAACCUCUUCUGCGCAGUCACACUGAUCUUGGAGGCCAAUGGGAUAGGGGCCUUGUUCAGCAAAUCGGAGCUGCAAAUUCUCCGCCUCUAUCCUGACCUCCAGCUCGUCCUCCAAUUUAUCUGUGCCCAGAUCACCUUUCUCCUGCUCAUACUAUACUACAUCUUUGUGCAGGGCCGGCAGUUGAAGCAGCAGAAGUGGAAGUACUUCAGCAGCAAGAGAAACCUGCUGGAUGCCAGCACCAUCCUCAUAAGUGUGGCAGCUAUUGGCCUUUAUGUGAAGAGGCGCAUGCUGGCAGAAGGCAUCCUGAAGCAGCAUCGCCAAGACCGCAACAGGUUCAUCAGCUUCUAUGAGAUGGUGGAAGUUGACUCUGCUCUGACAUACCUCAUUGCUUUUCUGGUGGCCUUAACAACCAUCAAGCUGUGGAACCUCCUGCGCCUAAAUCCCAGAAUGCACCUCAUCACACAGACGCUGCAGAAAGCCUGGGAUGAGGUCCUGGGCUUCCUGCUCACACUUCUGGUGCUACUUGUGGGUUACGCCAUUGUGUGCAACCUCAUGUUUGGAUGGAGCGUAGAGGACUACAAGACCUUCUUUGACUCAGCUGUGACCAUCAUAGGGCUUCUCAUUGGAAUCUUUAAUUAUGAAGAGGUCACUGCUGUGGACCCCGUGUUUGGCGCUGUACUGAUUGUAACCAGCGUCAUCUCCAUGGUGUUCGUGAUCAUCAACCUGUUUGUCUCUGCCCUUUUGACGACCUUCAGUCGGGAGAUGAAGGCUGCCAAGGCCAGCAAGGAGGAAUCCAUGUUGCAGCUGAUUCAAUUGAAGAUUUCCAUCUUGUUUGGAAUCAAGAAACAGCCGCCCUUCCCAGCAGCUUCCUGAAAGGAGCCUCAGGACUGAAGUGGCAUCAUCCCACCUCCCCAUUUGUACAGCUCUUUUCUAUUCUAAAAUGGGAAGGGUCACCAUUUUCAAAGUAUCACUAAUGUACAUGCUAUCUUUAAGAAUAUCAGAGGUCAGCUGGGCUGGCAAUAAAAUCUGUAUGGCUUUUCUCCCACUUUUAAACUACCCCUCCCGCUCUUCAGCUAAUUUACCAUGUGAUCUUGACUCAACAUUACCUCAUGCCUACAUCCUACUUCCUUUUUCCCUGACACGCCUUUGAGUUGU